UGUAACACAAAGCUAGAUAUUUUGAACUAUUGUAAUGAACCAUGGUAGAUGACAGCGUCUUCUGUUUGACUUUAUUGAGGUUUUUAGAAGAAAAACGGUUGAAGCUAAUGUUAGCUUGCUUGCUGUUAAAUAUCCCUGACAGGGUUUACCGGUUAAUUGUUAUUUUUUAAUAUUAUGUAACGCUAAAAACACCCUGUGUUCCGUGUGUGCGAUAUUAAAGCUCACUCCGUCGUAUUAACAAACUCCCAGACAUCAUUUGGACUGGAAGCAGGACAGAGCAAGGCGUGUCUGAGACCUUUUUCUUUGGAUAUUUCAUUGAAGACAAAUGUUUUUGAGUCAUGGAUCAAGCUGUUGUGGACAGUCCUGUUAUCCUCGUCAUCAAGGCUCCCAACCAGAAGUACGAUGACCAGACAAUCAACUGCUACCAGAACUGGACCGUGGAAAAGCUCAAAGCCCACUUGUCUGAUGUGUACCCCAGUAAACCAAGCUCCAAAGACCAGAGGCUAGUUUAUUCUGGGAAACUGCUUUUGGAUCACCUUACCUUAAAAGAUGUUCUUAGGAAGCAGGAUGAGUACCAUAUGCUCCAUCUGGUGUGUGCCUCCAGAACCCCUCCCAGCUCCCCAAAGCCGCCCCGCAGCCGCAGUAACAAGCCACAGGAGAGCACCGCCAGUCCCACGGCCUCUCAGAGUUCUAAUAGUGCUGGUCAGACGGCAGCAGGAGAGAACAUUGAUUGGCUGAGACAGCAAGCUGGCGCCUUCCCUUACCACCAAAUGUAUUCACAAUUUAUGCACAGCUGGAAUCAGCAAAUGACAACAGCUCCCAUAAACAUGCCCUCCUAUUACACCCCCAUGACUUUGAUGUGGUGGCAGCAGCUGUAUGCAAGACAAUACUAUAUGCACUAUCACUUACUGACAGCUUCCGCUCAGCAACUCCGACCCGACCAGCCCUCCACUCAGUCCAGUCAGUCCGACCCUCUGAGCCAACGGCCGCAGGCGGGUCGGCACGGAAACCCGGAAGUCCAGAUGAAUGCCCAGGGAGGGGAGAUCCUGAACGAGGAGGAGCUCAACAGGGAUUGGCUGGACUGGGUCUACACAUUUUCUCGUGCUGCCAUCUUGCUCAGUAUAGUCUACUUCUACUCAUCCUUCAGCCGCUUUGUCAUGGUGAUGAUGGCCAUGCUGGUGCUCUACCUCCACCAGGCCGGCUGGUUUCCCUUCAACCCGGAAAACGAGCUGCAGCUUCCUGGAGACCGACCCAAUCAGGAAGAAAUGGAGGGAGACCUACAAAACCAAGACUUACAAGAAGUGGACGGGGUUAACGAUGACGCCUCAGACGACGACGGGGAGAGUGGAGAGGAAGGAGCAGAGGAUCCUAACAGCGUCCCCAAUGCUGGCUUCUUGUCCUCCACGUGGUCCUUCAUCAUAACGUUCUUCAUGUCGCUCAUCCCAGAAGGGCCACAGAACGUUGCUAACUGAGCAUCAAGCACCACAUGGUGCUGUCUGUCAGAGGAAGAGGAGUCUCCUUCUUCUUGAAGGAAACGGAUUCUCUCCUCAUGGUGUUGUAGGUUCCCCAGAUGUCUGCUGUAUGAGCUUUAACACAAAUGACAGAUCCAGUUAAAAAAGAAAAUUCUGAAUCUUUUUGUCUUAAGAGAGACAAAAGAAAAUGAGGAGUCAAUAAAGCUAACGGUGGUGUACUUGCUGUGUUCAAAUGUAUCCAGUAAUGCUGUGUAACCCAGAAACAGCAGGCAGAAUCACUGAGUUUGUUCAUAGAACGACUCAUCGUCUUCAGAAGCAGCAAUAUUUGUUGAAGUAGUUUUUUGAAGUUGCUGAGUUGUGGAAAUGGUGAUUAUAUUAAAAGAAGAUGAUUGAAAAUGGUCACUUUAGUACAGAAGUUUAGUUUCUGUGAUGGAUUAUGGGUAAUGUAGCACCUGUUGUAUAUUAACAGAGAAGAGCGAGUUUGAUCUGAAGGUUUGCGAAAUGUGUCGGAGAACAUUUGUAAUGUGCAGAGUUGUGUGAUUGCUGGCUUCUGGUUUAUUACUUUCCAAAAUUGAUUUUACAGCAAUGUAAAAAAAUAUAUAUAAUAAAUGUAUAUCUUUAAUGUGUAACAGAAUAUUAAGUUUCUUAAACAGGGCAUUUUUAUAUAAAAUGUUCCUACAUUUAAAUUAUUCACUGCCAGUAGCAGACUUACAUUUUUAAAAACAACUGCUGAUGUUACUACUAACACGUCAACUAAAUGAUAUUCCUGUUUACUAAAACUACAUCCUGUGUAAUGUCUUGUGAUUUAAUGGGUUUGCUUCAUUUUCUCCCUUCUGUCACUAAAUAGGCAACAUGUGAA